UAUAUAUACAGUCAACCCUAAUUUCUAGGGGAGUUGUCCCAUCCAUCCCUCUCGGCCGCCGCCGCUAAUCCUCUCGGGAUCCCCUCACUCAAUCUCCCUCGAUCCCAUCACCCAGCCAACCAGAGCCACCCUCCUCUCGAUCCAAAUCCUCUCCAACCUCCUCCUUUUCCCCAAUCCAGCGCGCCCGAGCUCCACCUUGCGUGUCUUCCUCCUCGUCCUUCCAGCCGCAGCAGACGAACAGGAGGUCUCGCACCUGCCUCCUCCUUGUUGCCUCGCUCGAGCCCAACAGGAGAGGAGCCCCGGCCACCGAAGCUCUCGCCGCCGAUGAGCCUUGCCAAUCCCCCCGCCAGGAACACCAGGGACCAUCCUCGCCGGUCUCCAGUUCGCCUCGCACGCGCCGGGGUUUCCCAAGCCGCGUCCUCGCAGGAUCCGUCGCCCCGCCAAGUUCCUCGCCGGAGCACCUGCUGCCAAGUCCACCCAUUGCUCCAUACGGGAGAGGAGCUCCCCACAGCAACACCGAACCCAUCCAUCUGCAGCGCCAUGGCCUCAUUGAGUUUCUUCCCACGCCGGUGCCUCAAGCCGCCACAGACCGCUCUAGAUCCGGCCGGCCUCCGCCAAGUCACCGUUCCUUCGGAUCCCGUCGUUCCUGGGUCCUCCUCGCGCCUUCGACUUGCGGCUCCACCGCCCCGUACGGAUCUUGGAGCCGUCCUUGCCUGCUGCUGCUCCUUGCAUCCCCAGCGCCCCUGCCUUCUCUCCGUCCUGCUCGUCCGCGUCGCCCCAAGCCCGCCGGCAGCAGCACCGCUUGACUCCCUCUUCGUCUUCGGCAACUACUAGCAGCGCUGAGCCCUACCCUGCCUCUGUUCUUUCGAACUAGGGAAGAGGACGCCCCUGCCUAGCUGCGUUGACCGCCCUUUUCCUUCGCCUACGUGAACCGCUCCACCACGUUGGCCCAGCGUCUCCAGCGAGGCCCAGCUGCGUGACCUACCGGCCUCCCUCCUCCACCGAGUGGGCCGAGGCCCAUGGUGAGGCCAGCUGCGCGCCUAAGCCGGCCUGCCCGUGAGGCCGCCGCCAACCUCCCUCACUAACUGGGCUUGGCCCAUGGUGAGCGCCUAGUUUCAGCCUGCUGUGUUUUUUUUCGGAUCUGGGGAUUUAGCUGUUAUUCCAGUAAAACAGUUUUGCAGAAAACCCCUUCAUGAUCAUGCAUAUAAUAACUCUCCAACCAUGCAUCAUAUGUAAAAACUUUAUAUAUGAAACUUGCUUAGAAUUUCAUCUAGUUUAA